GUGCAUACAUAAUCAAUGAAUGUUGUAAUAAAAGAAAUAGUAAAUUCAAUUUACACGAAUGUUUAAUAUAAAACGAAUUAUAAUGUAUUAUUUAGCGAAUUCAUUAUAAAAUGAAUUAGUUGAAAUAGAUUAUAGCAAAAAUUUAACCGUAAAUAGAGUAUAUCGUAGACCGAGCAAUCUAAAAUGGCAGACUUUUGUUUACAAUUUUUUAGCAUUUAUAUUAACAGGAAAGAGAUUCGUUAAAAAAUAGUCUGAAAAUAUUUUGGAUAAACUCGUCAUAAUGUUUAUUGGAAAAAAAGAAGUGUUUACACGGUUGAUAUUGACUGGUGCUAUAGGCAUUUGUUCGUCCAUGGGUGAUCAGGGUUUAAAGUAUGGGAAAUCUGCUGUGUCACGUGCGAUAUUUGACAAUAUUACUCAUGCAAUUGUUGGUGGCCUCACUUGGGCAGUUAUUUUAAACUUAUUCAAAAAGUCGCUUACACAAAACUUGUCGAAUAUUUUUUGCUGUUUCUUCUUAUCGUCUGUCAUUGAUGUAGAUCAUUUUAUUGCAGCAUGGAGCUGGGAUUUAAACGAUGCCACACAUCUGAAGAAGCGACCAUUCUUACAUUGUACAACAGUUCCUAUCGUAAUAUGGACUCUUCUCAACUUGUAUUCGAGCAUGUUUAAUCAUCCAAAGUCGAGCUAUUAUGCUUGGAUGAUUUUGGCCAGUUUUUUGAGUCAUCAUAUACGCGAUGGCACGCGAAGAGGUUUAUGGUUCUGUCCUAUAGGUUCUACCGAGCCCAUUCCUUAUUAUCUGUAUUUAUGUAUGAGUAUGAUGCUUCCCCACGUGUUGCAAUGGUUGAUGAUAAUGCCUGCACACGAGACAAAGAUUCACAGCAAUAUAACAUUUCACAAUGUAGUGUAAAUAAUGUAAAAACAUCAUCCUCUUUUGUAUUUAUAUACAAAUAAUUGUACAUACCCAAAGAUGAAAUUCAUGUAUUCAUUGCGCCACUAGAACGGGUGAGAAUACAUGAUGUAUUUUUUGUAUAAUAUUUAUACUUUUAUAAAGAUACUAGAUUCUACUAAAAGAGAUUUAAGAAAGAUCUGUUAAAUCGAUUAGAAACUUUUGUUAUGUAUUUUUAUAAAUUCUUAAAAUAUAAUGGAAUUCGAAAUUCUAA